GGAAAAUAGGAAGCAAAUAUGGGGCAUAGCCGGCCGAGUCAACUCGCCAGGACCUUACUGAGUCGUGAAGCCGAGCCCAAAUAUCCCCCACCAAAAAACAAAAACAGAGAAAAAUUUCGCGCACACACACCACACACAAACAUGUGUGAAAAAAAUGGAGAAGAAAUUGGGAGUCUUCUUUACUUCUAUAGUAACCCCAUUCCCAUAUCAACACCAGCGCCACACCCCCCCUCUCUCUCUCUAUCCUCUCUAACCCUAAUACAAACAUCCAAACACCCCUUUACUCCCCUCUCUCUUUCUCUCUCUACGAUUCGCGCGCUUUUGCGUAUCCAUCUGCUUCGCCGACUCCUUUAUCUAUUUCUGCCCUCGAAAUUAUACGCCUCCUAUUUAUCCUCUUCGACUCUUCGUUGCUUUGCCUUCUCCCCUUGGAGACUUGAUCCGCUGAGGGGUUUGUAUACUUCAACCUGAUCUGGAUCAUAAUUGGAACGUGUAACACUGUUUAAAUUGCAAUCAAGAAUCUCGUUAAAUGGAUCAAUCUAGGGGCCCUCCAAUGAAGGGUGCGGGGACUUCUAUAAAAAAGAGGAGAAGCCAAACAUCUCGUCGGCCUAGACCUGAAGGGCAGCCACACUCUGAUCAGUCUCCUCUGUCGGUGGUACCAGUUUCAGAUGAUAUGAGUAAGACUUCUAGUGAUGAGAACAUCGAAGACGAAAACUCUGGGGGGAAAAUGUUCAAUUUGAGUCAGUGUGUGUCAAGGUCCUUACCUGUUGGUGAAUCAAAUGGUACCGUAAGUAAUGGUACGUGUGAUGUAGCAGGAAGUGAAAAUAGACCAAAAAAAGUUAAGCUGAAGGUUGGUGGCGUGACACGCACACUUCAGACUAAAUCUAGUUCUAACGGAGAAUCAGGCAGUGGGUCUACGGCAAAAGCCAGUCAAUCCUCUGAUAAUGGUCGUCCACGACAGAGGCUGAUCCCACAGGAAAGUUCUGAUGAAUAUCAUUCCCCUCCUCUCAAGAAAGGCACCUUGAAAGGCGUCCCUUGGAAAGAUUUCUCGAAAAGUAGUUUCACUUUUGGAAGGGAGGAGAUGGGGAGGUCAUCAACAAAAAAUUCUAAUGAGAAGCAUGGAGAUAAAUCUGAUACAGUUCGUAAGAGCAGGAGGGUUCCUAAGAAACGAGUUUUGAUUGGGGAAUUUGAUGAAGAUGAUGAGAUAAGGUACCUGGAGAAACUGAAGAUUUCAAGGAUGUCUGGAUAUAAGGAUUUGGAGACACAGUCAACCAGAAAAUCGCAGAAGGGUGUGAAAAAUGAAAAUACAGAAGAUGUUGGAAGGCGAGAUUCCAGAAAACCCAGAUCUGGAGACACAGAUUAUGAAAAGGAAGAUGAACUUUCCUCUGAUGGCAAUGGUGAAGGGAAGACGAAGAAAAAACGAAAGAGGGAUGUGGCAGAGUUUCCAUUAGAAAACAAGAGGGAGAUAGCUCUGACCACUCGUCAACGAGCCCUUCUAAGCAAGGAUGCCCCAGAGGCAGGUGCAAGUCAGAUUGAGUUCCCAAACGGGUUACCACCGGCUGCACCUCGAAAACAAAAGGAGAAAUUAACGGAAGUGGAGCAACAACUGAAGAAGGUGGAGGCUGCUCAGAGGCGUAGGUUGCAGAACGAGAAAGCUGCUCGUGAAUCUGAGGCAGAGGCGAUCAGAAAAAUACUCGGUCAAGAUUCCAGUAGGAAGAAAAGGGAAGAGAAGGUGAAGAAGCGCCAGGAAGAACUGGCACAGGGGAAGGCGACAAAUGCUCAAAUGCUUAUUUCAAACACCAUUAGGACAGUCAUGGGACCUACGGGGACUACUGUCACAUUCCCUCAAGACUUGGGCUUGCCCAAAUUUUUUGAAUCCAACACUUGCAGCUACCCUCCUCCGAGGGAGAAAUGUGCUGGCCCGUCUUGUACCAAUGCCUACAAGUACCGCGAUUCAAAGUCGAAGCUUCCUCUUUGCAGUCUGCAAUGCUACAAGCUUGUUAAUGAAGCGAUGCACACUGAGAAGGCUUGCUGAAAUUGUGGCUUUCUUUCGAGUAUUUCCUGAAUUUGAUGACGCUGAAGGGAUUGGAUGUGGGGCAAUUCCUCUCUUUCUCUCUCUCCAAGUUUCCUUUCUCAAAUGUAGAAAGAAGUAAAUAAUAGGCUCGGUGAUUGUCCAUGUCAAAGAUUUUGCGGGAACCGUUCAUUUGAUCAGUCGGAAAUCAUUAAGUUUAAAUCAAACUUCUAAUUUGUAGAGUUAAUGUGUUUUUGUUCUUUAACUUUAGCAUUUUUUUUUAUAAUAAAUGGCUUCUGAGUUUUGUUUUC